AUGUCUUCGACGAUAGCAUUAACCGCGCCAAACGGACGAAAAAUCGAAUUACCAACCGGACUCUUCAUCAACAAUGAAUGGGUAAAAGCAACCAAAAAUGGCACCAUCACAAGUAUCGACCCAACAAACGAAACAGAAAUCACAUCCGUCCAAGCCGCUACAUCCGAGGACGUCGACACCGCUGUAGAUGCAGCUCGAACCGCUCUUGAAGACCCCAGUUGGGCGGACAUGCACCCCUCAGCACGAGGAGAACUGAUUCGAAAACUAAGUGAUCUUGUGCAAGAGAACCUGGAAGACCUAGCAACGCUGGAGACAUGGGACGGUGGAAAGCCGUAUUCAGUCUCUUUAACCGAAGAUCUCCCAGAGGUGGUCAGCUGUCUGAGGUACUUUGCUGGCUUCGCCGAUAAAAUCCAUGGCCAGGUGAUCGAUAGCGGCGCGGCCAAAUUCGCGUAUACGAUACGAGAGCCGAUUGGCGUGUGUGGGCAGAUAAUUCCCUGGAAUUAUCCUUUGAUGAUGGCUGCUUGGAAGCUGGGGCCGGCGUUGACUUGCGGAAACACGGUGGUUCUUAAACCAUCUGAGCUGACUCCCCUAAGCAUUCUCUAUUUUGCCGACUUGAUAAAGAAAGCCGGCUUCCCUCCGGGCGUCGUCAAUAUUCUGAAUGGCCACGGAGCAGAAGCAGGAACGGCGAUCGCCAACCACCCCGGAAUCGAUAAGCUUGCUUUCACAGGGAGCACGGCCACCGGACAGAAGAUCAUGGCAAUGGCGGCAUCAAACCUCAAAAAUAUUACCCUCGAGACCGGUGGCAAGUCUCCGUUACUUGUGUUCAACGACGCAGACAUUGACCAAACGGUGAAAUGGGCACAUGCUGGCAUCAUGAGCAACCAAGGCCAGAUAUGCUCUGGGACCAGUCGGAUCAUCGUACAGAAAGGUGUUUAUGAACAGUUCAUUGCAGCCUUCAAGAAAUAUACAGCACAGACCAGCAAAGUCGGUGAUCCUUUCCGUGACGAUACAUUUCAAGGGCCACAAAUCUCGAAGGCUCAAUAUGACAGAGUCUUAUCAUACAUCGACUCCGGUGUCAAGCAAGGUGCUCGUCUAGUGCUUGGUGGAGCACCAUCCAAUACAACUGGCCCUGGCUUCUUCAUACAACCAACAAUCCUCGCGGACGCCACAGAAGACAUGACAGUUUCCCGAGAGGAGAUCUUCGGCCCCGUGGUUGUCAUUUCACCAUUCGAAACCGAAGCAGAGGCCGUUAAACAGGCCAAUAACUCACCAUACGGCCUUGGAUGUGCCAUUUUCACGCAGAAUCUGGAACGCAGUCAUCGGCUGGCCCGAAAGAUCGAAAGUGGUACGGUGUGGAUUAAUAGCAGCAAUGACAGCGACUCACGAACGCCGUUUGGGGGUGUCAAGCAGAGUGGCAUCGGGCGAGAACUUGGCGAAGCUGGGCUCGCGGCGUAUUCUAGUAUCAAGGCUGUCCAUGUCAAUAUAGGCGCGAAGUUGUGA